AUGCUGCGUUUCUUUCAUAUUCCUAUUAUUUCGCUUCUGGCAUUGACCGCCACCUCCUCCGCCACACCGGAUUGCAAAACUUCACCUGGUGACUUGACAUGGCCAUCCACGGAAGACUGGAAUACUCUUAACCAGACAAUCCAUGGAAGUCUCAUCAAGACGGCCCCGGCUGGGUCCUCGUGCUAUCUGGGCAAUCCCUUCAGCUCUUCUGAAAACUGCACUACGGUGAAAAAUCAUUGGUCCUAUGCAGCCUACCAUGCAGCACGGCCCGAAAGUGUCGAUUACUCGAUCUAUGCAAACAACUCGUGUCUUCCCCCUGGAGUUGAUGGAUAUUCCAAAGACAAGGGGUGUAGCAUAGGUGGCCUGCCGCAAUACAUCGUCAAUGCCACGUCCGAGCAGCAGGUUGCCACUGCAAUGAAGUGGGCAUCCAAACUUAAUAUCCGCAUCGUGGUGAAAGGAACAGGACAUGAUCUUGGUGGCCGCUCCACUGGUGCCUAUUCUCUUUCAAUAUGGACACACAACUUCAAUAACGUUGAGAGAAGAUCUACAUGGAGAGUGCCCGGAAGUAAUGCCACCGAGGAUGUUGUUAUCUGCGGCAGCGGUAACAACUGGGGAUCUGUCUAUACUGCAGUACACAAGAUGAAUCGGACAGUGGUGGGUGGCGAGGAUGCCACUGUAGGACUCGGUGGUUUGAUACAAAAUGGUGGCCAUGGCCUCCUUUCUAGCCACUAUGGCCUUGCAUCGGACCAGGUUUAUCAAGUUACUGUCGUCACAACCGAGGGCCGAUUGUGCGUCGCCAACGACAUGCAAAAUCAAGACCUCUUCUGGGCUGUUCGGGGUGCUGGUGGAGGCCAGUAUGGAGUAGUCACAGAAUUUGUACUGAAAACGCAUCCUGUGCCUGCGAAUGUGGUCAGCGGCGGACUUACCUUCUAUCCUGCCCUUAAUUCGAAUGCCAGCGGCGAAGCAUCUUGGAAUGCGAUGGCCGAAGCCGCCGCCCAGAUCCCUGAUUUGAUGGACAACGGAAUCACGGGUACUGUGACUGCUCUGACCAAAAAGAAGGCCACGUCGCUUUUGGGACUAAAGGAGGUACUGCCUGGUGUCUCAGCCAUGCUCAGUUUCACUGGCUUCAACAUGACCACCAAGAGCAUGAAUUUUACUCUCAGCCAAUUGGCUUCUCGGCUAAAUGUUGGAAAUGUCAACAUCACUCUGCAGUUACCUUCUUCCAAAGAUUACUGGGAAACCACCAAGCCAGACCCUCUUUCCAGCGCUAGCUGUGGAUCCGUCAGCAUAAUGACAAGCCAUCUUCUGGGCAGGCGCGAGCUCUCUGAUAUUGCCAAAGCAAAACUGGUAGCAUACCUCCAAGAUAUCAUGGCCUCUCAGGAUCCAACUGCGGGCUCAAUGCUUUUGUUCGGACUGCAAGCCGGCAAGGGUACAGCCAGUACUCCCGAAGAAAGACGUGGAAGUACUCUUCCGGCCUGGCGUACAGCGUACGCUCAUACCAUGGCUUAUGGAGCUUCUGUCGAUGCCACUGGUGAUCCAAAUCAGUCUAUGAGAGACGUGGCAAGCUGGUUAGAUUCUACGUGUGAACCUGUUUGGAAGAAGUGGGCACCUGAGAGCGGCUCUUAUAUGAAUGAGGGCAAUCCCUUUGCCAGCAACUGGAAACAUGACUUCUAUGGAGAAAACUACAACCGGCUUCUGGAGAUCAAGCACAAGUAUGACCCCACUGGCAGUCUGUUUGUCUGGAGCGGAGUUGGAAGUGAUGAGUGGAGCCAUGAUUUGCAUAGUGGUCUGCUGUGUCGUGUGUAA